CAAUCCCAUUAGAGUGUGGAAGCAGCACGCAACACUGUCUCCUCCCCUCUUCUACCUCGACCCAUCACCUUUGCAUAGCAUAUAUAGCGCAGCAGCUCACUGCAGGCAGACGAAACACCAUCUCUUCACAUCACAUCAGAGCAGAGCAGAGCAGAGCAUCACCCGAUCCCGAUCCCGCUAUUCCCAGCCUGCAGUAGCAGCAGCAGUCGCGCCGCCCUGCCCAUCGAUCCAUCUGGCUAUCAUACCUGUCGACAUGGAAGGCGGACUGAGCCCGGAGCGGCACGCGGCGGCUGAGCCGGUGCGGUCGCGGUGGACGCCCAAGCCGGAGCAGAUACUCAUCCUCGAGUCCAUCUUCAACAGCGGCAUGGUGAACCCGCCCAAGGACGAGACGGUCCGCAUCCGCAAGCUGCUGGAGCGCUUCGGCGCCGUGGGCGACGCCAACGUCUUCUACUGGUUCCAGAACCGCCGCUCCCGCUCCCGCCGGCGCCAGCGCCAGCUGCAGGCGCAGGCGGCGGCGGCGGCGGCGGCCUCCUCGUCCUCGUCGGGAUCGCCCCCCACGAGCGGCCUCGCGCCGGGACACGCGACGGCUUCGUCGACGGCGGGGAUGUUCGCGCACGGCGCCACCUACGGCUCGUCUGCGUCCGCGUCCUGGCCGCCGCCGCCGUCGUGCGAGGGGAUGAUGGGCGACCUGGACUACGGCGGCGGCGACGACCUGUUCGCCAUCUCGCGGCAGAUGGGCUACGCCAGCGGCGGUGGCUCCGGCUCCGCGUCCUCGGCGGCCAUCGCACACCACGAGCAGCAGCAGCAGCAGCUUUACUACUCGCCGUGCCAGCCAGCAGCGAGCAUGACGGUGUUCAUCAAUGGCGUGGCGACGGAGGUGCCGCGGGGGCCGAUCGACCUGCGGUCCAUGUUCGGGCAGGACGUGAUGCUGGUGCACUCCACCGCCGGCCUCCUCCCCGUCAACGAGUACGGCGUGCUCACGCAGAGCCUGCAGAUGGGCGAGAGCUACUUCCUGGUCACGAGGGGCUACUAGGUAGCUAGCUAUAGCACAUUGCAUUGCCGACAUGGAGACCCCAGAGCUAGCUGCAGUACACGUACUCCUCCUUACCAUGCAUGGAAUUGGAUGUUAUUUGGAUCGUCGGAGACGCAUGCAUGCUGCAGUACCUAGUAUCUCUGUGUACGUGUUCUUCAGUGAAUGUCUGUCAGCUCUUGCCGUCCGUCCGUCCGGUGUAGAUCAGAAAAAGGAGGCAAAGAAUUCGAUACCAGCAGUGUGUGUGUGUUUACUAUAUAGAGAGAGACAGACAGACACACACAAACAAAUAGAGUGUACCUACGACGCAUCCACAUCGAACAUCUAUACUAAGUAUGUAUGUAAUGAUCAAUCAUAUGAUGAGUCGCACCAUUGCACGCAUUUGCUUUAAUGAACCUGAAUGCAAUGCAUGUUGCAACUUGCU